CUUUUCUCCUUUGCUUUAUUAUUGCAUAGUUCUUCCCCUUAUUUUAAAUCUCUUUUUCAGUAUUCUCCAAUUCUCAGGCAUCAUUUCCACAAAUUCAUCCGACUGCUCCAGAAGUUUUUCUGAUCUUCCCUAAUCACCAACAUCUGACAUCAAUCUACGAGGAUGUAGUACACGUGUUGGCAGAAUUUGCGUAUUUGUUGUAGAUUCAGAAGAUCUAAGACAACAUUUGAGCUAUCGAAUGGAGGAUGAGAAAGGUCUCGAUCUUAGCUUGGGCCUUCCUUGUGGUGGAAAUAGUUCCUCACAUAAAAGUAAACAGGCCAGCUCAUCUGAUGUCAAGUUAGAUGAGGGUGAUCGAGGUAGCAAAUUGAUCAAUGAGUUCAAAAACUUUCUUGAAGGUGGAAAUCAACCGCAAGUUGGAGAGGCCUUCAGUUACAACUUUUCUAAACCUGCUGCUGAUUUAGAAACAUCAAAGAACUCAAAUGCUGAUGGAUUGUGGCUACGAAGUGAUAACAGGCCUAUUGAAAUUGAUGAAAAGGCUUCAGGUGCUGGGGAAAAGCGAAAAAACCUGUUUACUGAGACGAACCAACAGAAGAAGUAUGAGAGAGAAACCAGCCAUCCUGAUUUGACAGAUAAAGGCAAGACAUCACACAUCUCCAUAACCACAGAUGAAGGAUCAACUGCAGAUAAUGAAGAUGUUGCAGAUUCAGAAGUAGAUGGUUCAACUUCAAGGCAUGUUUCUCAGCAUGAAGAUGUCCCAAAACGAUUUGCAUCCACUGGUGGUGUAUCCAGGGUUCAGAAGGAAUCUCAUGGAUCUGGAGAUUCAAGUGGUGUUGAAAUUCUAGGACAGAAAAGGUUCACAAUCUCUUCAGAAAAAGAAUUUAAUGUGAUGAAUAGGUCCACAUCUUAUGGUGCUACACACCCAGUUCCACCAGCAAACGUACAACCUUCUAAGGAUUCUAAUUCUAGUGGUACACCUAAUCCGUCCAACUAUCCAAAGCCUAGCAUGAUGCAUUCAAUGGCUACCACAAACAUUGAGCGGCCAGGAGGCCAUUCAGUUAUGCCUGCUAAUUUUCCUCUAAUGUAUGGGUAUCCUCCCGUCCAGCUUCCUGUGCUAGACAGAGAUAACUCUCGUGGCAUUGUUUCUCAUCAACAAAUUAACCCUACUUAUUCUGGAAGGAAUCCGGGGAACCCAGAUACUCAGAAUGAUGGCAGGAAGCUCACUCAAGUUAAUUCACACAAGUCAUCUGAAACUACACUGUGUGAUGUGAGGGCUGUAGAAGCUGGGAAAAGUUAUGGAAAGCAGCAAGUCGGUGAAGAAGGCUCAUCCUCUCACACAGAUGGUGAUCUGAAAGGGAAUCAUAUAAUUCAUCAGUUAAAAGAUGCUUCUAAUCAGCCAAGAGCAGAAUCACUUCCGUCGGAAUUUCCAGCUAUAAGGCCUGGUAUCACUGCAGAUCUCAAAUUUGGGGGUUGUGGAUCUUACCCUAAUUUGCCAUGGGUGUCUACUAACGGCUCAGGUCCAAAUGGCCGAACAAUAUCAGGUGUAACAUACAAGUAUAGCCCUACUCAGAUUAAGAUAGUUUGUGCCUGCCAUGGUUCUCACAUGUCGCCUGAUGAAUUUAUUCAACAUGCUAAUGAAGAAAACAAUACUGCGGAUGCCAGCACUGGUUUACCUUCGUUAUCAGGCAGCAAUCCUGCAGCUUCGGCUCAGAGUUGACGUUGGAAGUAUAGCACCUCAGAUCAUUAGGUUCUGCCAGCUGAACGAAUAAUCCCGUUCUUGUCAUGCUAUUGAUUAUACCGGAAUGUGUACGUUUCUCAUCUCAUCUACUGUACAUCUGCAUCGUCCGUUCUUUUAAAUGUUUCUUUUUUAUUUAGAGCGGUAUGGUGUCUUGAGCCUUGACACAUGGCUAUUGGCUUACAGUAAUUUAUUUUUCAGCAGUCAGCUUUUGUAAGAUAUCAAUAAUUGUUAAAACGUGUAUGUCAUUGAGUUGCCACUGGGAUGAUAUUGUGAUGUAUUUACAACAUUCAAGGUUCUGUUUGUA